UUAUGAAAUAUUGUUCAUAAAUAUUUAAAUAAAAGCUAACCUCGGAUAUCCCAUACCUGUAAAAUUUGUAUCCAAAAUUUUAAUCCUGCUUUAAUAACGACAAUUUUAUUAUAGGAAAACCUCCUCGAAUAGUUAACAAGGUAACGAAACUGAUGAAAUUGUUCCUGGAUGUUGCAUUCUUGAGUUCGACUGCCGUGACGUUGGCCAUACCUGCGCUAAUAUGGUUGGAUCCAUGCUCACCACCGUUUCUUCUUUCAAUAAUGAAGGACUGUGCCUCCAUAACUUGGUCAAUUAGAUCACUCGGUAUGCAACAUCUCGUUAUUCUGCUGGAAUUUUGGAUGACUUCGCACAUCAUACUGGGCGGUACGUUUGAAAUAGUGUACAUCCUUUUCGCCGGAAUUGUUAGCAUGUUGAACUAUUUUGCUGUGCUGAGAAGUAAUAUCCAAACUGCUAGAUCAACCGCGGAAUUGAAAUAUAGUACCGAAUUGUACCAAAGUAUUCAAAUUCUGGAAAAAAUGUUCAACGGAUUUCUUAUGCAACGGCUCAUUCCGGUUUUCAUGCUCUUAAUGCCUACAUUACAAAUCCUUUUGCAGUACGUGUGUGUCAUGAUGCAUGGGGAAAUACCAAUGCCAGCCUUUCUCCUUUUCCCCAUUACUUGGGUGAAUAUUUUUGUCAGUAACAUUUUCGUCUUCACCCUCGCUUCGUGGGUGAAUAAUAUCUCGACAAAGGUAUUGCAGGAGCUGAUGAGCGCUAUCGUGCAGUGCAGAUGCGGUAGGAGGAGAUCUUCGUUGGUUAAAGGUGUGAAAGCUUGUGCCGUUCUUAAAAUCAAAUUUGGCUCAAAUUUCAUUGAUAGCGGGACACCCCUGGUAAUUCAAGACUUUUGCCUGACUCAGACAAUGUCCCUCAUACUGAUUGAUGGGUCAAGGAAUGGGUACUAAGAACUUUUAUUAGGGUAAAUAGAAAUAGAGAAUCCACAUAAAAUAUCUGUACCGGCAAAUAAGCUGUAUCACUUAUAUCUGUGCAGAUACUCAUAUUUACAUAAAUGCAUAUUUAAUUUUAUGAACUCUCAGAAUUUCUAAGUUGCAAACCAUAACUGUUUGGUAUAAGUACUCUAUCGUGAGGUAUAUAUGUAUACCUAUGAAUUUUAUGCAUAGUCAAUUAAACAAAAAUAUAUUUAUCCCGGACAAGUCUGGGAUUAAAUUUUUUGGCUUUUUGUACAUUACUGGGUUGAGUAUAAAGUCAUGGAAAUGUUUACUAAUUCCUGCAAGAUUUGUGCGUAUUCUACGUAUGUGAUGCGUGGAUGUAUUUGUGAAUGCUAUUAAGCUAUGUAGAUUAGCAAUAAAAUACGAUGAAAAUCUCCGGAAAAACAAUUGGUGUUUGAUUUUUCAAGAAAAACUCGACUGCUUCUGAACCUUGUUUACUUGUAAUAUGAAAUCCAAUCAAACAACAGUACUCAUUUAUUGUUAUUUAACAGAUGGAGAGUUGUGAACACAAACCAGAGUUCAAUAAACGCU